GCCCGGCGGAGGCGAGAUGGGUCGGUGGGCCGCCCUGCUGCGCCUGCUGCCCGUCGCCCUGGCGUGGGGCGCGCUCCUGCAGCCCGGCUCCUCCAGCCCCCGCUUCAGCCCGGAGGCUUGGCUGCAGCAAUAUGGCUACCUGCCCCCCGGAGACCUGCGCACGCACACGCAACGCUCCCCCCAGUCGCUUUCGGCCGCCAUUGCCGCGAUGCAGCGGUUCUACGGGCUCCAGGUGACGGGCACGGCGGACUCCGAGACCAUGAAAGCGAUGAAGAGACCCCGCUGUGGAGUACCGGAUAAAUUCGGAGCCGAGAUCAAGGCCAACGUACGGCGCAAGCGCUACGCCAUCCAGGGGCUCAAAUGGUCGCACUACGAAAUCAGUUUUUGCAUCCAGAACUACACGCCCAAGGUGGGGGAGCAGGCGACCUUCAGCGCCAUCCGGCGGGCCUUCGGCGUGUGGCAGUCGGUGACGCCGCUGCGCUUCCGGGAGGUGCCCUACUCGGCGGUGCGCGAGGGCCGCGAGCCCCAGGCCGACAUCAUGAUCUUCUUCGCCGAGGGCUUUCACGGCGACAGCACACCCUUCGAUGGUGAAGGAGGCUUCCUGGCUCACGCCUACUUCCCGGGACCCCACAUAGGUGGUGACACCCACUUCGAUGCCGCAGAACCUUGGACCUCGCGCAACGACGACUAUACCGGAAAUAACAUUUUCCUGGUAGCUGUUCAUGAGCUCGGCCACGCGCUCGGCUUGGAACAUUCAAACGACCCCUCGGCUAUUAUGGCGCCUUUCUACCAGUGGAUGGACACCGAAAACUUUGAGCUGCCCGAGGACGACCGGCGGGGCAUCCAGCAACUGUACGGAACUGAAAGCGACUCACCCAAUAAACCUACGAUGAUCCCCCGCACCACUGCGAAGCCCAGCGUCCCAGACCGGCCCCCUCACAACCCGCCGUUCGGCCCCAACAUCUGCGAUGGAAAAUUUGACACCAUUGGGGUGCUGCGGGGGGAGAUGUUUGUCUUCAAGGACAAAUGGUUUUGGCGGGUCCGGAACAACCGUGUGAUGGAGGGGUACCCUCUGCCCAUUGGCCAGUUCUGGGUCGGCCUCCCCUCAACGAUCAACACCGCUUACGAAAGGAAGGAUGGGAAAUUUGUGUUCUUUAAAGGUGACAAGUUCUGGGUUUUCAACGAAGCCUCUUUGGAUCCUGGCUACCCAAAGCACAUUAAGGAACUGGGCAGAGGGCUUCCCACAGACCGGAUCGACGCUGCCCUUUUCUGGGUGCCAAGUGGGAAAACAUACUUCUUCCGGGGAAACAAGUACUAUCGCUUCAAUGAGGAGACCCGGUCUGUCGAUGCCGAUUACCCCAAGAACAUUGAUGUCUGGGAAGGGAUCCCUGAAUCACCCCGGGGGGCGUUUAUGGGCAGCGAUGAGGUGUUCACCUACUUUUACAAGGGGGAUCGUUACUGGAAAUUCAACAACGAGAAGUUGAAGGUGGAGCCGGGGUACCCCAAGUCGGUGCUCCGUGACUGGAUGGGCUGCAGCUCGGGGGGCCGCCAGGACGACACGGAAGUGAUCAUCAUUUCGGUGGACGAUGUGGACGAAGGGUCGGUGAACGCGGCCGCCGUGGUGCUGCCGGUCCUCCUACUUCUCAGCAUCUUCGCCUUGGCUGUGGCCAUCUUGGUCUUCAGGCGUUACGGCACGCCCAAGAGGUUGUUGUACUGCCAGCGCUCCCUCCUGGACAAGGUGUGACAGGGCAGCGCGCUGGCCUGGGCUUAGGGGCGCGGGGCACUCCUCUCUCCUGUCGUAUGC